AUGUUGACGUCCUUCGUCGACGGAUCAAAUAUUUAUGGAUCAGAAGAUGAGAGACACGCCUUCAUUCGAUCUUUUGAAAAAGGAAAACUUCGAGUAAAUUCUGCAAAUUCAAAAUUUCCUCCGACUAAUGCUGAGAUCGAGGCCGUUUUUGGCACAAAACCUAUGGUCCUGGGGACAUUUCUUGCCGGAGAUGAUAGAGUGAAUGAAAUGCCAGGCUUACUAGUGAUGCACACUUUAUGGUUCCGAGAACACAAUCGUAUCGCGGAAGGAAUUUACAACCUCAUGCCGUUUUGGGAUGAUGAAUUCAUAUUUCAAGAAACGAGGCGCCUUGUCCUAGCAGAAUGGCAAAAUGUGGUUUAUGGCGAAUAUUUGCCGACCCUUCUCGGCAUGGACACGAUGAACAAGUAUGGCCUCACGUUGCGGGAUUGGUGGUCAAAUUACGACCCCAACGUGGAUGCCACCGUUUUCCAUGCAUUUGCUGAUGCUGCAUACAGAUUUGGUCACACCUUCAGCAACGGAAUAAUCCAGCUGUACCGCGGCUUAGAAAAUAUCGGUUCAUAUCGAAUUCGGCACAACUUUUUUGUUGACACUCAAGUGGUACAGGAUGGUGGGAAAGGAUACGAUUACAUUUUAAAUGGCCUCCUGAUACAGAACGCACAAACGUAUGAUCCAUUUGUCACCGAGGACUUAACAAAUCAUGUCCUACAACUUCCCACAGACGACUUUGGGUCUGACUUAAUUGCAAGAAAUUUUCAAAGAGGGCGUGAUCACGGUCUUCCAGCUUGGAUGGAAUUCAGAAGAUUGUGUGGCCUAGAGACGACCACCAGUUGGCUUAAUAAGCCGGUAGAGGUGGUUAGCGACAGUUGGUUAAAAUUGCAAGGAUUGUUCCAAAACCCGAACGAAGUUGAUCUUUUUACGGGUGGGAUUAUCGAAGUUCCAAUGGGUGAAGCGUUAACAGGGCCAACUUUUAAUUGUUUGAAGGUAAGUUGGGAAUGA